CAGAGGUCGUGUAUAGGUAAUCCAAUAUGGCAGGUAGUAAGAUCGGUGAGAUGAGGUUUGAUGGCAAAGUGGCUAUAGUGACAGGUGCUGGUGGAGGUUUAGGUCGAGAAUAUGCUAUCAGUCUGGCUGAUAGAGGAGCUUCAGUUGUGGUGAAUGACCUUGGAGGAACUAGAAGUGGACAAGGAAAAAAUAAUGCUGCUGCUGACAAGGUUGUGCAGGAGAUUAUAUCCAAAGGAGGAAAAGCUGUAGCUGACUACAAUUCUGUUGAAGAAGGAGAAAAAAUAAUCCAAACAGCAAUAAGCAACUUUGGUCGUAUUGAUAUACUCGUAAAUAAUGCUGGAAUUUUGAGGGACAAGUCAUUUCUAAAACUUUCUGUAGAAGACUGGAAUAUUGUUUUAAAAGUUCACUUACAAGGAUCUUUUCUGGUAACCAAGGCAGCAUGGCCAUACUUAAGAGAACAGAAGUAUGGCAGGAUUAUUAUGACAUCUUCUGGUGCAGGGAUUUAUGGGAAUUUUGGGCAAGCUAAUUAUAGUGCAGCAAAGUUAGGCUUGUUGGGUUUAAGCAAUACCUUGGCUGUUGAAGGUAAAAAAUAUGGGAUCCACUGCAAUACUAUCAUUCCACUGGCAGGGUCUCGUCUAACCGAAGACAUACUACCAUCUGAACUUUUUGAUAAGUUAAAACCAGAAUAUGUGAGCCCUCUGGUUGUUUGGCUGUGUCAUGAGAGUUGCCCAGAAACAGGUGGAGUGUUUGAGGCUGCAGGAAGUUGGAUAGGAAAAUAUCAGUGGCAGAGAUCUGUAGGAAAAGCUUAUCUUCCAGCCAAUGAAAAACUUACUGCAGAAAGUAUUCGAGAUAACUGGAACUUGAUUACAGACAUGAGUGACUGUAACACUCCUGCCAGUGUUCAGGAGCAAAUGGGACUUUUAGUAGAAGCUCUGACUGGUAGUGUCACUGACCGAAGAAAACAAACACAAUCCCAGCAGCCAAACAAAGAUAAUGAGGGUUACAGCUAUUCUUAUAAUGAUGUCAUUUUAUAUGCCUUGGGAGUUGGAAUGUCAACCAAGGAGCCUGACCACUUGAAGUUCUUAUAUGAAGGCAGUGAAGAUUUCAGUGUCUUGCCAACUUUUGGAUGCAUCCCUGCCAUGAAAGCAGUUUUUAAAUCUGAAGCUUUACAACAAGAGGUUCAAAGACUCAAAGUUGACCCAACAAAGAUGGUUCAUGGAGAACAGUAUCUGGAGAUUUUAAAGCCUUUUCCACCAGAAGAUGUUUUGAAUUCUGUUGUAGAGGUGGCAGAUGUACUGGACAAAGGUUCAGGUGCACUAGUUGUUUUAGAUGUCAACACUUUCAAUGAUGCUGGAGAGAAAAUAAUGUAUAGUCAGUGGAGUGUCUUCUUCAUAGGAGCAGGGAACUUUGGAGGAAAGCGAGAUUCAGAUAAAAUAAAGUCAAUUGUUCCCCCUCCCAAUCGUAAGCCUGAUUGCUUCAUUACAGAAAAAACAUCUGUAGACCAGGCUGCCUUAUACCGUCUUAUGGGCGAUAGUAAUCCUCUUCAUAUUGAUCCUUCCUUUGCUGCUAUGGGAGGAUUUCCUCAACCAAUUAUACAUGGGUUAUGUACUUUUGGAUAUGCAGCUCGUCAUGUUCUUAAGCAGUUUGCUGGGAAUGAUGUAACUAAAUUUAAAAAAAUUAAGGCAAGGUUUACUGGGCCAGUGAUCCCAGGAGAAAGUAUUCAGACACAUAUGUGGAAGGAAGGAAAUCGUAUUCAUUUUCAGUGUACAGUUGAUGAGACAGGAAAAGUUGUUGUUUCGGGGGGUUAUGUGGAUUUAAAUGAUCCUGUCAUAGCCGUAAAGCCCAGCUCUGAUGUACAUAACGAGCUUCCUGCAACCAUCAAUAGUGACUUGGUGUUUAUAGAACUUGGUAAACGACUUCAAGAGAUGCCUGAUGCUGCAGCUAAAGCCCAGGCCAUUUUUGAGUGGAAUAUUACCAAGAAUGGAAAACCAGCCGCUCAAUGGACACUAGAUCUGAAGAAUGGUAAAGGUGAAGUCUACAGAGGAUCCCCAAAAAAUGAAAAAGCAGGCUGCAUCCUGACCUUAGAAGACAGUGACAUGGUUUCUAUGAUUACUGGCAAACUUGACCCUCAGAAGGCCUUCAUGUCAGGCAAAUUGAAAAUCAAAGGCAAUAUCAUGUUGACUCGGAAACUUCAGACUUUACUAAAGGCUGCAGAACAUAAAAAUCCAACUCCAGAACAAAAGAACACAAAAAGCAAGGAAGAUGUGCAAGAAAGAAAACUAACUCAAGAAUUGAAAAGUACAGCAGUGUUUGAAGCUGUAGCUCGUAAACUAAGUGAGAACCCUGAUUUAGUUUCUUCAGUCAACACAGUGUAUCAGUGGAAUAUCACAAAAGAUGGACAGGAAGUUGGAAGAUGGAUUACUGACUUAAAACAUGGGAAUGGCUCUGUGUACCAGGGUGAAGCCAAACAGGGAAAAGCUGACUGCAUCUUAACAAUGGAUGAUGACAUACUUGACAAACUUGUAGCAGGCAAAUUAGACCCACAGAAGGCCUUUAUGACUGGAAAGUUGAAGAUUUCUGGGGAUAUCAUGGCUUCUCAGAAACUACAAGAUUUGUGGGAAAAAGAUGAAGAGAGAGAGAAACCAAAAACAACUAAACCAAAGCCUACUAAAUUUACAGAACCUCUGUUGGGCUUGAAAAGUGAACUUAUUUUCAAAAUUUUUGCUGAACGUAUCCCAGAAGAACCAGAACUAGCUAAAAAAAUGAAGGUUGUUUUUCAUUGGAUAAUAUUGAAACAAGGGAAGAAAGCAGAAGAAUGGACUGUUGACUUGAAGACACCAAAAGGUCUUAUAUAUAGAGGACCUCCAAAACAGAAACCAGACUGUUCCAUCACACUAGAAGAUGAAGACUUGAUAAAGCUCAUGUUAGGAAAGAUGAAUCCCCAAAGGGCUUUUAUGACAGGAAAAUUAAAGUUGCGAGGAAAUAUAAUGCUGACACAAAGAAUGAAUAAGCUCUGGCAGGAAAUUAUGAAAUCUGGGCGUGCUGUUGAAUUGCCACUUGUUGCCCCCAUUUUAUCGGAGGAAAAGCCUCUUCGUACAGACAUCAGGAGUGAUUACAUCUUCCUCGAUUUUGCCAAAAGAGUUGGAAGAACUCCAGCCAUUGUUACUAAGACACAAGCAGUGUAUGAGUGGAACAUCUUGAAGAAUGGAUCGCCAACAGCCCAGUGGACUACUGAUUUAAAGACUGGUAUAGGAGCUAUAUAUAGAGGAGCACCCAAAACUGGAAAAGCUGAUUGUACAUUAACCUUAGAAGACAGUGAUUUAACUGAGAUAGUUACAGGUGGAAUGGAUCCAAAAAAGGCAAUAAUGGCUAGAAAACUGAAAGUUAGUGGAAAUGUAGCUUUGGCAGAAAAGUUGCAAAACCUGAUUUCUCCUCAAGCUAAGUUGUAGAAGAAAAUAGGGAAAAAAAAGUGUUUGAAUCAUCAUUCCUGUUUUAAGAGAAUUGUAUGCGACUUAAGAGGGAAUGUUUGUUUGAUGAAAUUUGUAAUAAUAAUAGUCUGCAUUAUAGGCUCUUCAACAAUUUGCUAUAAAUAAUGGGGACAUGGUUUAAUAAUAUCCUUUUAUAUCUUGUGAUACAUUAUAGUUAUAAAAUAAUGGUUAUCUUUAGGUUUGUAUUACUCAACAGUUUUGGUAAUAUUGUAUCAAAAGAAUUAAUAAGAAUUAUCUCUUUAUGAACUGUAAUAAAAGCACAAUAUUAAUAUAACUUUAUUUUGAGAAGUGAAAAAUCAUAAAUUGUCUUUUGUUUUUUAUAAGUAAUAAAAAUGCUUAUACUGAGAAAGACUUGAUUUAGAGGAAUUUUUAGGCAGAGUAGGUUGUAGUGAAGUUAAAUUUUUUCUGGACUGUAUCAUGUUUUCGUCUCCAUGCUGUGACCCUCAUCAGGUCGAAGCAUCUAAGUAUGAUGCUCUUUAUCAACGCGGGUGCCCCCAGUGGCACAGCGGUAUGUCUGCGGACUUACAAUGCUAGAAACCGAGUUUUGAUACCCGUGGUGGGCAGAGCACAGAUAGCCCAUUGUGUAGCUUUGUGCAUAAAUUCAAACAAACUUUAUCAACGCAGAAGCCAAAACUUUAAACUUCAAACAGAUGCAGUCCUACAACUCGCUGCAAACAUUUUAGACGGGAUGGAUGAUACAACAGUUCCAUAUACACAUUAUUUUCAUUUGAAGUAUAUUUUGUUUAGUAAAACAUACUUGAAAGGUCAUAGCCAGUAUAUUACAGUAAAUUCUGAGGUAAUAUUUAAAAAACGAUUCUUUUUUCUUAAACUUAAAUAAAUAGGAAAAUUUAACCCUAAAAGUAAUUUUCAGUUUGUUAACAUAGAAAUCAUAAAUUCAUGUAUAUCUUGUACAUUUUUUUAUUUCUAUGUUUGAUGCCUGCUGUAAUUUUAAUUUUGUAUCAUCAAUGUUGUUUAUUCACUUUUGUGUGGAACAACAGGUGUGAUGAUGUCAUAAGUGUAUGCAUGAGAUAUAUCAGACUUCAAUUAAUUAAUAUAAUUAAUAGAUUAGUUUUUAUGCUUACAGGAGUAAUAAAAUGAACUGCUGCUGUAGACUUGUUUAUCUAGCAAUUGCCUUUUUUUUUUCUAAUAGUGGUCAAAAGAUGUUGCUGUGAAUAUCAUAGCCUAACUUUUAAAAUUGAUGGUUUUGUGAAAAGUAGUUUUAUCCAAACAGACCAUAUUUUUGGUAUCUAUGACAACAUAUUCAGUUUCAGUCUUUUUUUUUCUUCUCAUUAAGUAGUAGCUCCUUCAAAGUGUAUCAUGCAGUAUUCAAUGUGUUUAGAAAUCAAAUAUCUGAAAUGAUCAAAAUUGAUUGUUUCUUUAAAACAGUUAUCAUUGUUGUGGUAUUGUAUUAAUAUUUUUAUGAAUGCUUUAGAAAUUGUUAACAUAAGUUUGAGCUAGGGUGAUUCAAUACCAUUUUGAUUCAGACACUGAGGGGUUCCAGGUAGGUGCCUUUUAGAAUACUCAUAUUGAAAUGGUUAAAGUAUUACAACUAUUAAAAUAUAAGUUUAUAAUUUUAGAUGAAACAGAAGCUACAAAUAUUUGUAAUCAAUACUAUAUUUACUGUUCUAAGUUACUCAUUAGUCAUUUUGUAUUAUAUUUGUUUUUUAAUCUUGGGAGAUUGUACCUUUUGGAAGGUAAAUAUAAAAUUAAGAUGAACUCAUGAUAAGAAAUUAAAAGGGCAUUUUGUACUCCUUAAAUUCCUCAGUUCUAGGUAUCAGUUAUUGAAAAUGAAUAUGUUAUAAUCAAAAUAUUAGUUUAACCUCUUCACUAAAUGAAAAAGGUAAUUGGUGAAUCAUAGUAUGAAUAGAAAUUUUGUGUAUAGGUUCAUGAAUUUGGUCAAAGUUAAAAAAUCAAAUGAUGUAAUUUUUAAGCACCUAUAACAAAUGUAAAAACAAUUAUUCUUCAACAUGUCUGAAACUUAUUUCUCAUUUUUCAAUAUGUAAUGUUCAUAUUAUAAGGAAUAAAUUUUGUAUAAAGUC